AUGCAUGAAGGUUCAGAGGACUUCUCGGAAGAUCAGGAGAGCGAAAAUGAUCUCACAUGGAAGAUUAAGGAUACCGAGAUCACGUAUCGAACGAAAUCGCCCAAAACCGUUAAUCAGUACCUGCUCGGCGAGGUGCUGGGCAAGGGAUCUUACGGCAAAGUGAGAGAGGCGCUCGACACGAACACCAUGAAGACGGUCGCGAUCAAGAUCAUCACGAAAUCGCAGCUGAGGAAGCUUCCUGGUGGAGGGGAAGCAUCCGUUCGACAGGAGAUCGCGCUCAUGAAGAGGCUCAAGCCACACCCGAACAUCGAUCUGCUAAAUCGAGCCCCAGACUGCUGUCUGCCUCUAAGACAGGCCCAAAGCUACUUCCGCGAUCUAGUGAGAGGGCUCCAGUUUUUGCACGGGGAAGGGAUUGUACAUAGAGACAUCAAGCCGGGCAACCUCAUGCUGACGCUGAACGGGAGCCUCAAGAUCUCGGAUUUUGGAGUGGCAGAGCUGCUGCAAUCGUUCGACGAUCCGUCCUACUCGCCCAAGUCCCAAGGCUCCCCCGCCUUCCAACCGCCCGAAGUCGCCUCCGGUGCCGAACGCUUCUCUGGCGUGAAGGGCGACAUCUGGGCUGCAGGCAUCACCCUGUACUAUGUCGUGACGGGGCGGUAUCCAUUCGAGGGGUCCACCGUCUACACGCUAUUUGAAAACAUCGCCAAGGCCGAGUACCAGAUCCCACCGUCUUUAGACCCCGACCUGGUCGAACUCAUACGAGGCAUGCUCCACCCGGACAAGAACAAACGUUUCUCGCUCGACGCCAUCAGCUCUCAUAAGUGGAUGCUGGCGAACGUGGAAAGCGAAGAAGAGUACCUGGAGAUCGUGCCAAGUCGGACGCUCUUCACGCCAGAGUUCGUCGCGGAGAUGAGCGCCAUCAACGACGAGGGCAUCCACAACGAGAACUCGGGCAGACGCAGCCCGCGAGGAGGCAAGAGCAGUCUUCGCCCCACCAAGAGAGGACACCGCCGCAACUGCUGUAUACUUGUAUAG